UUGGGCAUGGUUUUUUAAACCUAAACUUGCUUUACUUCAUCAAAAAGAAAAACUCUCCCCUGACCAUAAUGCAAAAAACAGAACACAGUCCCCCACUACGCCCUGACAGAAAUUGAAUCACGUCGCCGCCGCCACCGCCACCGCCACCGCCGUCUCUCAUUUCUUCCAAUCCGAUUCUUCCAUUUUCAAUUAAAGGAAUGGCGGUUAAAAGUGGAAUGACUCCGGCGACAUACUCUCCAUCUCCAACAACUGGUAAAAAGAAAUCACCACUUUUCAAGGAAGAUUGGAUCCGCCCCGAUGGCCGUGGCUUCCACCAGUGUAGACCUGCCUUUUUCAGGAAUGGUGCUGUGAAUGCUGCAUCAGGAUCAGCAUAUGCUGAGUUUGGAAAUACCAAGGUCAUUGUGUCUGUAUUCGGGCCAAGAGAGAGCAAAAAAGCAAUGUUGUACAGUGAUACAGGGCGUCUGAAUUGCAAUGUCAGCUAUACAACAUUUGCGACUCCGGUUCGCGGACAGGGUUCAGACCAUAAAGAGUACAGUUCAAUGCUUCAUAAAGCUUUGGAGGGUGCAAUAAUAUUGGAAAGUUUCCCCAAGACCACUGUGGAUGUUUUUGCAUUGGUACUGGAAUCUAGUGGCAGCGAUCUUCCAGUUAUCAUAUCAGUUGCUAGUCUUGCCCUGGCAGAUGCUGGAAUACUGAUGUAUGACCUUGUUGCCGCAGUUUCUGUGUCAUGUAUCGGUAAGAGCCUUAUCAUUGAUCCUAUUUCGGAGGAGGAAAACUGCCAAGACGGAAGCUUAAUGAUUACUUGCAUGCCUUCUCGCUAUGAAAUCACCCAACUGGCGGUUACCGGGGAUUGGUCUGCCCUGAAAAUUAACGAGGGCAUGCAGCUGUGCUUGGAUGCUUGUGCAAAGCUUGGAAAGAUUAUGAGGUCAUGUUUGAAAGAAUCUGCUUCUGAUGCACAGGAUGAGAGCUCUUAGCAACACAGCAUAUCACAAGAUGUGCUUUUAAAUUUUUUUCGUUUUUCUCUUCUACUUCAACAUUGGUACAGAAUUUUUUGUUGGGAGGUUGAGACAAAAGGCUUUUAUGUCCUGAAAAUUUUGGCUUAUGAGUUUGUCAAAGAUAAUGUAAAAACUAAUUAUUCUUAUAGCAGCAGAGUUUACAAAU